AAUUACAGGCAGUCCAAAGGACCGCCUGUGGGUUCCCUUCCAUUCAGUGACUGGCGAACUCAACACACAGGAGGCGUUAAGACCCAGUGGGGAGAAAACACAACUCAUCAGAUUGAACAGGCACACAGCAUCUGAACGGUUUCUCCGGGCUGGAGGAGGAGAAGCUUGGUCUCUGACUUCAUCGUCUUUUCCUGCCGACCCUUGGAAUAGACGAUGGCUGUGGACGAGGUGCGGAUAGUUCGACCCUUUAAGUUGAUCGCUUUGAUCUGUGUGUUUGUGGCUCUGAGUUUGGACGUGGUCUCUUUGCUGAGUCCUGCCUGGGUCACUGCUGAGCGCUCCUCGCUUUCUCUCUGGGAUUACUGCAAACAAACCACGGCUGGGUGGUACUGUGUCUCCGUUCUCCAGACAGACUGGCAGGUUGCUACGUUGGUGUUGCUGAUUGCUGGAGGAUCUAUUACGCUAAUUGCAUUCCUCUUUGCUGUGAUCUUACUGUGCAAGGGUGCUCAUAAACGCUGCUACAGGUCAAUUGCUGUUAUGCUGUUCAUUUCAGUUGUUUUGCAGGUUUGCGCCCUGGUUUUGUACCCAAUCAAAUUCAUUGAUGCCAACACACUGAGGACAUACCACGAGUUCAACUGGGGUUAUGGUAUUGCCUGGGGUGGUACCAUCUUUAUGCUUGGAGCAGCCAUACUUUACUGCCUGAACACUGACAACUAUGAGGAAGAUUAUUAUUAAACACUUUUAUCUGCACCAACAGAUUAUGUUAAGUUUAAGAAAACUAUUAGAUGUAAUGUCAGGAGGAAAAUUCGCCACUCAAGUAUCACAGUUUUUAAAAAUAAAAUGAAUUUUGGGAGAAGGAUAAAGCAGGAUCAUAAUGAAGAGCAGAUCCCCCAUGACAGAACUCUUAGGUGAACGCAGCGUUUUGGACUUACUUGAGAUCCAAUCAAGAAACGAUGGCUUCUGGUGCAAAGAAUGACUCAUAACAGUUUUGUGCAAUCUAUACACAUAAUUCGCUUUUUACUUUUGUUAAUUCCAAAAUAAAUCACUGGCCUUCCUUGUGCGAGCAUUGCAUCAUACUGAAGCAGUGUUUCGACAAUGGAAUGCUUGCUAUUGCUAUUAUCUGUACUAAUUUGUAAUGGAAGGCGAUGAUUUAUUUUUACUGUAAUUUUUUUUUACUUUUUUUCUUUUUUAUAUCUGGUAAGGUUAUUAAGCUGUAUCUUGUCAGCUAUUGGGUAUGUCCAUUCUGUACACUUUGAACUCAAGCAGCUGCAAAUUCAGAGCAAAUAUAUGUGCUGUACAUUUAUUGUAACCCUUUUGAGUACAGUAGAACGUGUCAUUGUUCCAAGAACAGCAUGGAUCCCAUGGUUCUGAACAUUUCCGAGACUGAAGCAUUCAGUUAAGUUUGACUGGUGUCCUCAGGAUGUAUGUGUGAUUUUUGAAUGCAAUAAAACUCAUUCAGCACUCAA